CCCAAUGUCUCCAAUGCGCCGGCGCAGUGAGACAAAGUGGGGAACAAGGUGGACAAGACACCAGAACAAAGAUGGCGGUUGCACUGCGGACUGCAGCGGCUGGGACCGUCCGGUGCGCUCUGGUGAGCAGUACCAGGGGCUGGACGGCACAGGCCCGGAGAUACUGCACCCAGCCCGUCACCGUUAAUGAGCGCAUCGAACGGAAACGCCAAGAAGCACUGCUCGGAGGCGGUCAGUCCCGUAUCGAUGCGCAGCACAAACGGGGAAAACUAACAGCCAGAGAGCGAAUCAGUGUCUUGUUGGACCCUGGGAGUUUUGUUGAAAGUGAUAUGUUUGUGGAACACAGAUGUGCUGAUUUUGGAAUGGCGUCUGAUAAAAAUAAGUUUCCUGGGGACAGUGUGGUAACUGGCCGGGGCCGGAUCAAUGGAAGAUUGGUUUAUGUCUUCAGUCAGGAUUUUACAGUGUUUGGAGGAAGCCUGUCAGGAGCUCAUGCCCAGAAGAUCUGUAAAAUCAUGGAUCAAGCUCUGCUGGUCGGGGCUCCCGUGAUUGGACUGAAUGAUUCUGGAGGAGCUCGGAUCCAAGAAGGGGUAGAAUCCUUGGCCGGUUAUGCUGAUAUAUUUUUGAGGAAUGUCAUGGCGUCCGGAGUUGUCCCACAAAUCUCUUUGAUUAUGGGCCCAUGUGCAGGAGGUGCUGUCUAUUCCCCUGCCUUAACAGAUUUCACAUUCAUGGUGAAGGAUACAUCCUAUCUGUUCAUCACGGGCCCGGAUGUGGUAAAGUCUGUCACCAAUGAGGAUGUCACCCAAGAAGAGCUUGGCGGUGCCAAGACACAUACAACGAUGUCAGGUGUGGCACACAGAGCCUUUGAAAAUGACAUAGAUGCCCUAUUUAACCUCCGGGAAUUCUUCAACUACUUACCUUUGAAUAACCAGGAUCCAGCUCCAAUACGUGAAUGUCAUGAUCAGCGUGACCGCCUGGCUCCUGAGCUGGACACGCUUGUCCCAUUGGAGUCUACUAAAGCCUAUGACAUGGUGGAUAUAGUACAUGCAAUUGUUGAUGAAAGAGAAUUUUUUGAGAUUAUGCCCAAUUAUGCCAAGAACAUCAUUAUUGGCUUUGCAAGGAUGAAUGGAAAGACUGUUGGGAUUGUAGGCAACCAGCCCAAAGUGGCAUCAGGGUGUUUGGACAUUAAUUCUUCUGUGAAAGGUGCUCGUUUUGUCCGAUUUUGUGAUGCUUUCAAUAUACCACUGAUCACUUUUGUCGAUGUGCCUGGCUUUUUGCCUGGGACAGCUCAGGAGUACGGGGGAAUUAUCCGACAUGGGGCAAAACUGCUUUAUGCAUUUGCAGAAGCAACUGUGCCCAAAAUCACUUUAAUCACACGGAAGGCGUAUGGUGGUGCCUAUGAUGUGAUGAGCUCCAAACACUUACGUGGUGAUGUCAAUUAUGCUUGGCCGACAGCUGAGAUUGCAGUUAUGGGGGCCAAGGGUGCUGUUGAGAUCAUCUUCAAAGGAAAAGAGAAUGUGGAAGCUGCCCAGGCAGAAUAUGUGGAGAAGUUUGCAAACCCCUUCCCUGCUGCAGUGAGAGGGUUUGUGGAUGACAUCAUCCAGCCUUCUACAACUCGUCCCCGAAUCUGCCAUGACCUAGAUGUGUUAGCAAACAAAAAGCAGUCCAGCCCCUGGAAGAAGCAUGCAAAUAUUCCACUCUGAACAAAUCCUGCAGAGAGGAAUUGACAACCUGGUGUUUCAUGAUGGGAGAGGGAGAUAUGACAUUCAUAUUUCUGGCUUUGAAAAUAAUGAAACCUGGGUUUGGGCUUGAAUGUCAUUUGUAAGUUGGAGUUGCCAAAUUUAUUAAAUCUAAAAGAAUAUUUGUGUGCCUUUAUGCCACUCCAUACUGUGCUGUUGACUCUUUCAGAAAACUAGAAAUGAUUUUUCCAUGGCAGGUCACAAAGAAGCUAUGUGGACAUUUGCAGACAGAUGUAUGUGCUUCCCUGGAAAUGAUCUUAAGGUUUUUAAUCCUGAAAUUUUGAUGUUUUAGUGAUUGACCAUUAGCAAAGUAAGUUUGGUAUAGCUGAUAUUUUGUGCCUCAUCAGGGCUUAAAAAACUAAGCCUGGUAAAAAGAAUGAGUAAGUAGAUUAAAAUUCUGAUUUUUAUUUUACUUCUAAGAAAUAAUUGGCUUCUAUUUCAGAAACUGUGGGAAAAUAGGGUAAUAUCUUAUUAAGGACUAUAGGACUGUCCAAUCAAUAUCUACUUGCACAGCAUUUUGAUUUUUUUUUUAACCUGCAGAUUAGAUACAUUGCUGGACAAUUUUUUUUGUAUAGUGAGUAUUUCAAACAAUGUGAUCCCUUUUUUACUUCUUUUCUUUCAGAAUUAUUGUGUUCAAAUUAAUUUUUGACCUCGACAUGUAUAAAAAUUGCACUCUAGUUCCUUACAUUCA